AAAAAAAGCCACCCUCUUCUUUUCGCGCCUUUUGUUACCUGCAUUAGCGCUGUCUCUUUGCGUUUUACUACCCUUUCCCAUUCAAUCAAGCGUGGGGCUCCUUCAUGUCAUCAAAGCCCGUAUUCGUUGAUGGAAAAUUGAUGGUAAUCAACAAUUCAUCCUCUUGACUUGAUCAUCAUCAUCAAUCCCCCUCUCCGGAAGUUCUUCUGUUCAAAGGCGCGUUGACCGCGUUACAACGAUCAAAUAGGUUCCCUUUCAUUCUCGACUUCAUUUACUCAAGCCACCAAUCCGCUUCCCCCUAAAAACUUUCGCCCCCCUUUUCGACAUCCCGCACAUUCUCCUCCAUCCUCAACUUCGAAAUACACAAUGGGUUACGCAAGAAGAGUAAAGGGCUCUUUGCGCCAGCGUUGCCAAGCCUUCUGCAACUGGCUAGGACCUACGAAAUGUGUUCUUUUAGGAGCAUUUAUCCUCUUUGGAUCUUUCAUCAUUCAAUUGCUUACAUCGAUUGGUGUCCCAUACAUCAAAGCAUUUGAUUUCUAUCGAUUCGAUCUCAGCAAUUAUACGUUCGUCGAAUUGGGAAUGUGGGCAGCAUGCAAUGGACGUGAAGCAUUCCUGAUCCCAACAAGACCGGAUCUCAAUCAAGGUGAAGAAUUUAAUUGUCCACCGGCUGCUUGGGGUUGGCAAACUUUACGUUAUUCCGGUAUCACAAGAGCUUUUUUCGAUAACAAUCUCCCUAAAGCACUCAUCAUGCAUCCAAUCGCAUGCUGUUUCACAUUCUUCGCAAUGGUAACAGCUUUGGUCACAAUGAAACGACAAAAACAACAUUUCUUAUUGCCCAUCUUUUCGUUCUUUUCUUGCUUGUUCGCUUUGGUCAGCUUUGUAAUCGAUUUGGCAACCUUUGUUCCAGCACGUCAUAAGCUAUUAUCACCUGAUGCUUACAACAUUUUGGGAGCACUUGUGAUCAGUACCAAUUAUGGACCGGCAUUCUGGUUGAGUUUGACAUGUUUCGUUUUGGACAUUUUUGGCAAUUCGAUCAUCAUUGCAGGAUAUGGAAUUUGGAGAAUGCAAAGGAAUCGUUCGCGUUGUAAUUCCCAAUAUGAAAAAGAUGCAGAUAUAGAAAUGAGAGGUGGUUCACGUAUGGCACGUCGUGGUUAUUUCGCAAAUGAUUCUGUUGCCUCUCUCAGAGAUCAUUUGCCAUACGACGAAAGAAAGAUCACAGAAGGUGAACGUGGCUCAGGUACAUUGUCUGCUAUGUCAAAGCACAGUGUUGCAUCCAGAUCACAAUCAGCCACACCAACUCAAACCCUUCAAGAAGUCACCCCAGCCGCUCAUCAUGAAGUCAUUCCAGCCUCUCAUCAUGAAGAAGAGGAACAUAUUCAAGCACGUGAUGAAGAAGAGGAAGAUAUGAACUCAUCAGAUGAAGACGAUGACGGAUAUGAUAGUGCGGUGAGCGCUUAUGCAGAUGCAAGAAGUGAAGUAGAUGGCGCAAGUCGGAGUAGAGUGACACUUUCUUCGCCUACGAUCGAAUCAACGAGACGAUCAAGCGACGGCGUAUCGCGUGCAAUUAAACGGAAACCCGUUCAAGGCUAUUAAGCCAAGGUUCUUUUGUCUAGCAUACAUUCUUUUGAUUUCUUCCACUGUUCAUUUAUUGCAUUCGAUUUCCCUUUCUCUCUUUAUCUUCUCAGUGUGCCCCGUAUCGCACCAAUCCCUUGUACAUACAUACUCAUUUGCUUUUGAGCGCUAAAAAGAUUCCUGUCACCAUUUACACGACGGAGGGUCAAAAUGAAUUGAGAGCAAAUGACAUAAUCCGAUCUUUUUUGUCCGAUGUCCCAAGUUGACAACCAAUGUCAAGAAGCUCAAGUACGAAGAACCCCGUUAUUAAUCUAGAAGUAAGGGUUUAGUUUUCUUGGCUUUCUAUCAAUCAGACAGACACGUGAAUGAAUGUCAUUUCUAUUCUAUUCUCCUUAUGGGGGAUAAAAGUAUGUAAUGAUAAUCAUGUAAAAAGCUUGGCAAAACAA